AUGACUGAGAUUCAGCGUCAUUUCUCAACCAAGGAAGAACAGCGCAACUACAUCGCAAGCGUUAUCACAUUGCUACGAGAGAUGUUCCAUGGCAACCCUUGCGACCGGCUGUCACCAUCAUAA